CCUGGGAACUCCCAAAAGCAGCCCUCCUCUUCAGAAACCAGACACUGGGGCCUGGAAUCACUCCCCUCUCCCAAAUCCAGGAAUGCACGUUCCCUCAACCAUCAGGACACUGGGCUCCCUGUGCACUCCGCUCGCUUUGCUGCUCACUUUCGGGGCUCCUUCUCCUUGCACUUAAUGAAGAUUGGGGCGCUAGCUUCGCGGCCGUCUCAGACAUGCUGCAAUGUGUGAACGGAGACCGGCGCACGCGUCUUCCCUUUUUGAUUCCCAUCCUUUGCAUUGUGUCUUCUUGCCUUGGGGAACAUGUCCAGCAGGAAGAUGUCCACUUUCUGCACAACAGCAAAGACCAUCUUACCAGGAACUUACCUCCAUCGUAUGAACUGGUGGAUCCCGUCAAGGUAGACGAGUACGGCAACUUCCUAUCCUAUACCUUAACCCAUCAUGAAAGUCUUAAACGAAGAAAACGGGACAUCUGGUCCGAGAAGGUGCACUACAGGAUUCGUCAGGGAACUAAGGAUUUGUAUUUGAACUUGACCGUCAAUGAAGGAUUUCUAUCUGAUAACUAUAUUCUUGAAAGAAGAACUGGAAACCAGAGUGGAGUAAGGAUUACCCCUCGAUCGGGACUGUCCUGCCAUCUCACCGGCACGGUCCAAGAACCUGAUAUCGGGAUCGGUUACGCAGCUAUAAGUGCUUGCAAUGGACUGGCCGGAUUUUUCCGUCUCCCCCACGGAGAUUAUUUCAUUGAACCUUUGCAUAAUAAAGAAGCUGCAGGGAGGCAGCAUAAGCAUAUAAUGUACAAGAGAGAAGCGGCUCACCAGCGGCGGCGGCGGCGGCACAGAGACCUUCACUCUGCUGGGAACCAGUCGUGUGGACUAAUUGAUGAUUUCAGCUUUGUUCUUCAGCUUGAACGCCAAAGGGAGAAAUGGGAGAGAACGCAUCUGAAGCACAGAAGAAUUUCACCGCGGUCAGUCAGCGAAGAACGAUGGGUGGAAACUCUUGUGGUUGCGGACACCAAAAUGAUUGAGUAUCAUGGCAGUGAGAGCAUAGAAUCGUACAUCUUUACUGUGAUGAAUAUGGUAUCCGGAUUGUUCCACGAUCCAAGUAUUGGUAAUGCAAUCCACAUAAAAGUGGUGCGGGUCAUUCUGCUCGAAGAGGAAGAGGAAGGCCUGAAGAUUGUCCACCAUGCUGAUCAGACUUUGACCAGUUUCUGUAAAUGGCAAAAAAGCAUAAACCCGAAAAGUGAUUCUCAUCCGGCACAUCACGACGUGGCUGUAUUAUUAACGAGGAAGGACAUUUGUGCGGGUAGAAACAGUCCAUGUGAAACUCUGGGCUUGUCCCACCUGUCAGGCAUGUGUCAGCCAUUCAGAAGCUGCAACAUCAAUGAAGACACUGGGCUUCCCAUGGCAUUUACCAUCGCCCAUGAGAUUGGACACAGCUUUGGAAUCCAGCAUGACGGACAGGGGAACGACUGUGAAUCAACAGGAGGACCUCCAUACAUAAUGUCCCGACAACUGCAAUAUGACACCUCGCCGCUGACAUGGUCUCCCUGCAGCAAGGAAUACAUCACCCGGUUUUUAGAUCGAGGAUGGGGAUCCUGUCUUGAUGACUUACCAGCGAAGAAAGACUUUAAGCUUCCGUUGAUUGCCCCGGGAGUGCUAUAUGAUGUCAAUCACCAGUGCCAGCUACAGUACGGACCCAACGCCACCUACUGUGAAUUAGUGGAUAACGUCUGCCAGACUUUAUGGUGUUCAGUAAAGGAUUUGUGCAGAUCCAAACUUGAUGCUACAGCAGAUGGGACCAGAUGUGGCGAGAAAAAGUGGUGCAUCAAUGGCGCAUGUGUUACUGUAGGGAAACAACCAGACACUGUAAAUGGAGGCUGGGGGUCAUGGACAUUUUGGUCGCACUGUACAAGAACGUGUGGAGCCGGGGUACAGAGUGCAGAAAGGAAAUGUAACAACCCUGAGCCAAAGUUUGGAGGGAAAUAUUGUACAGGAGAAAGGAAGCGCUACAGAAUGUGUAAAACCAACCCAUGUCCUAAGAACCAGCCGUCCUUCCGCCAGAUGCAGUGCGCAGAGUUCGAUUCUCUGCUGUAUAAAAAUGAGCUGCAUACGUGGUACCCCAUAUAUAACACAGCUAAUCCCUGUGAACUUCACUGCCGAAAUGCAGAAGGCAAUUUCGCUGACAAGCUGCUUGACUCAGUCAUUGACGGAACGCCGUGUUUCGAGGGGACUGACAGCCGCGACGUCUGCAUUAAUGGCAUGUGUAAGAGCGUGGGCUGUGACUAUGAAAUAAAUUCCAAUGCCACUGAAGACCGAUGUGGACUAUGCAUGGGAGAUGGAUCUAGCUGCCAGACAGUCAGGAAAACAUUCAAUCAAAGUGAAGGAUUUGGUUACGUGGAUAUCGGUAUUAUUCCCAAAGGCGCCAGGGCAAUAAAAAUAGAAGAGGUUGCUGCUGCAGGAAAUUUCCUGGUGCUCAGAAGCGAAGACCCUGAAAAAUAUUACUUGAACGGCGGAUUCAUCAUACAAUGGAUGGGUGACUACAAGGUGGCCGGGACGAGGUUUCAUUACGAGAGGAGCGGAGAUCUGGAGAACCUCACAGCUCCGGGGCCCACCAACGAGUCACUCUGGAUCCAGCUUCUGUUUCAGGAAAACAACCCAGGGGUUAAAUACGAAUACAUCAUACAGAAAGAUGUAAUCUCGGACAAUGAGGUUGAGGUUGUGUAUGCCUGGAGGUACGGAAGCUGGUCAGAUUGCAGCACCACGUGUGGAGCUGGCCUUCAGCGCCAGGUUGCCAGAUGUGUUAGCAAAGGAAAAGGAGUGGUGAAAAAUACAUUCUGUGACCCAAAUGAGCAUCCAAUGCCAAGGCAGAAGAAGUGCAACCUACAGGACUGCCCCGCAAGGUGGUGGAUGGGGGAAUGGCAGGAAUGCUCUGCUACCUGUGGCCCAACCGGUGAAAAGAAGAGAACAGUCCUUUGUAUCAGGACAGUGGGAGCCGAUGAGCAAGCUCUGCCAUCUGAGGACUGCCACCAUCUCACCAGACCCAAAAGCUAUAUAUCCUGCAACAGAGAUAUCUCAUGUCCAUCUGACUGGUCCGUGAGCAACUGGACAGAGUGUUCUGUUACAUGUGGAGGUGGUAUACGAACCCGUAAUGUGACAUGUGCAAAAUAUAAUAAUGAAUCCUGUGACCCUUCGAAGAAACCCUAUUCGAAAGCCCUCUGUGGACUUCAGCAAUGCUCACUCCAGAAAAGGCCAGCCCAACUUCCUCUGAAUACAAGAAUCUCUGAACAAACCAUCAAAAUCUAUCCCAAGAUUUCAGACGGACCUAAGAAACGCUUCUUUCUACUAAAAAAAAAUCCCAGAUUUGCUGCUUCUACUAAAGCUCCUACGAAAAGUGUGGAGACCACAGCAACAUCUGCUACAGCUUCACAGCUCCCUCCAGUAAACUCUUUAGAAGAUGAUUUUCAAAUCUAUGACAUUCCAAACUCACCCAAUUUUAUUGUGUCUAAAAUAUAACUUGUCCUUGUGUCUAGUAAUAGGAAGAAAGUUGGUGCCAAUGUGACAAAAAUUCCACCAAGCCCCAAAGAAUUGAAUGAGAGCCUCAUAAUAACUAAUGAUAAUGUAACACAAAGAGGCCUUGACUUGGUAUUCAAUGCCACCAGCUCUCCACCCAACCCUACUCUAGAAGUAACACCAAGAUACGACUUUCUGACUCAAGAACCAGAAACCCAGACACACUUUGAGGAAAGUGAUGGACCAACAGACGAGCCUGAUAUCUACUAUGAUGCUGAAAAUGAUAAUAUCAUUGAGUCUAGAAGUAAGAGACACAAGGGUAGGGUCAAGGCUUCACCAGGAGAAUCACACUACCACCACCAGACCAACCUCAAUCUUCACUCUAGUAUGGUCUCAACAGAAUUUUCAAGAUCUCCCAGCCCGGUUGCAACAACUGAAAGUCCCCCUGAGAGUUCUUCAUAUGAGGAUUUUAAUGAGCAGGAUCCAGAAAUGAUAGACUUGGCCAACCAUGAUCAGCUGCCAACACCUAGCUUAAAUACCUCCCAUGAGGUAUCUCCAGACAUAAAUUUGUCCUAUAACCAGAGUAUACUGAAUUCUACAACUAGCGGAAACAUUACAGAGCCAUCUGAGAAUAAGACGAGCCCCAUCUACUGGAUAGUGGGUGACUGGAGCGAGUGCUCCACCACAUGCGGCUUGGGGGCCUUCUGGAGAAAUGUGGAAUGUAGCACAGGAAAUGAAGCUGACUGUGGACGCAUUAAAAAACCGGAUCCUGCCAGAAGAUGUCACCUCCGUCCAUGUGCGCACUGGAGAACCGGGAACUGGUCCAAGUGCUCUACUAACUGUGGUGGUGGAUUCAUGACCAGGGAGAUCCAGUGCAUUGAUGUCCGUGAAAAUCGACUUCUGCGACCAUUUCAUUGCCAGUCUCCCGGACACAGCCCGCUGCAGAACACUUCAUGUAAUCCGGAGCCGUGUCUGUCGUGGCUUGCCAAACCGUGGAGUGAGUGUUCAAAGACAUGUGGGAACGGCAUCCGUCAACGGGAAGUCUUCUGCCCCAAGGACAAUCGAUGCGACCUGAAAAAGAGCCCAGUCAUUACAUUAAACUGUAGCCUGGACCCUUGUGUCUACUGGGAAACAAGCAAUUGGACAGAGUGUUCGGCAUCAUGUGGGGAAGGCGUCCAACAAAGAACCGUGCAGUGUUUCGAUACCGAUAAUAACCGGACUGUGAACCACAGUUUCUGCCAAAAAGAACCUAAGCCUCAGGAAAGUAAAGAGUGUCAUCUCCAGGAAUGCUCUAAAAUCCCAGAUGUAUCCUGCAAAAAUGACAAGCUGUCAAUUAAUUUCUGCAACACUGUGAAAAAUGUCGGGAAAUGUUCUUUGAAAGCCAUUCAGUCACAGUGCUGCUUCACAUGUGCAAGAAAAGAUGAUUUUCUUCAAGGAGGCUAAGUCAUUGUUUUGAUCAAACCCGUUCACAUGCUGCGUACAGCGAUAUCUAAUGGUGACCCUCACGUGACCCUCAUGUGCAACACGACAUCCAGGAACUGGUACAGAAGGAUUUAUUUCCAACUGGAGGACAAUUCCAUUUACUGCCAGGAGGGCUCGUUGUUUAUGUCAUCCCGAUGGUUGGUGCACAGAG